AUGAGUCUUGAGGAAAGUCAAGUAGUCCGAGAGGAAAAUCAAGUAGUCCGAGAGGAAAGUCAAGUAGUCUAAGAGGAACGUCAAGUAGUCCAAGAGGAAAGUCAAGUAGUCCAAGAGGAAAGUCAAGUAGUUCAAGAGGAAAGUCAAGUAGACCAAGAGGAAAGUCAAGUAGUCCGAGAGGAAAUCCAAGAGGAAAGUCAAGUAGUCCAAGAGGAAAGUCAAGUAGACCAAGAGGAAAGUCAAGUAGUCCAAGAGGAAAGUCAAGUAGUCCAAGAGGAAAGUCAAGUAGACCAAGAGGAAAGUCAAGUAGUCCAAGAGGAAAGUCAAGUAGUCCAAGAGGAAAGUCAAGUAGUCCAAGAGGAAAAUCAAGUAGUCCAAGAGGAAAGUCAAGUAGUCCAAGAGGAAAGUCAAGUAGUCCAAGAGGAAAGUCAAGUAGUCCAAGAGGAAAGUCAAGUAGUCCAAGAGGAAAGUCAAGUAGUCCAAGAGGAAAAUAAAAUAGUCCAAGAGGAAAAUAAAAUAGUCCAAGAGGAAAAUAAAUUAGUCCAAGAAAAAAGUCAAGUAGUCCAAGAGGAAAGUAAAAUAGUCCAAGAGGAAAGUCAAGUAGUCCAAGAGGAAAAUAAAGUAGUCCAAGAGGAAAAUAAAGUAGUCCAAGAGGAAAGUCAAGUAGUCCAAGAGGAAAAUAAAGUAGUCCAAGAGGAAAGUAAAAUAGUCCAAGAGGAAAAUAAAGUAGUCCAAGAGGAAAAUAAAGUAGUCCAAGAGGAAAAUAAAGUAGUCCAAGAGGAAAGUCACUUACACGAAAGUGAGAAUGGGGAAAAAGCGCGCCAAACUAUUCAUGCUAGCUUGGCCAUGAUAGCUAGCUCGUUAGCAGACUGCUAGCAGGUGACACUUUCCCCGCAUCCU